AUGUCUAGCAGCAGCAAUCCUUCACAGCGACGCGCGCCUCUUGCUUCAUUUGCUGCCCUGCUGCCCCAUCACACCGCCGGUUUACGCGUCUUACUCGCUAGACGCCGCAGCCUCAGCGUCUUGUCAGCAGCACCAUCAGCACCAGCAUCGGUCGUUGCCGCAGGCUGCCCAUAUACAGGCAGGCUCGAGUCUUGGUCCACUCUCCAGCACUUCACAUUCCAUGCCCUCCCCUAUUCCCUAACCAAGCUCACCGGAAAUGAUAAAACGUCAAGUUCGACACCUGCAGCCCUCUGUCAUAACAACAGACCUUCCGCCAGACUCCUCACACUCAAGAUCUCCAAUGACAGACCUUCAGCGCAAUGCAAAAAGAAAACACUUAUCCUCGGAAGCGGACGGAAUGUCCAGAGUUUGGACGACACCAGGCAUGGACACGAGACCGCGAAGCUCGUCAAUAAGAAGUAUGGAACAGCGUGGGAUGCAGUUGCGGUCAAGUCGAGGAUUGCAUACUCUAAAAAAAAGUACGAUGCUGCUCGAAAGUUGACGGAAGCAACGGGCGCCGGAGACACAGAGGAGAUUAAACUUCGAGAAGAGAUCAACGACUUCGAGGAUGAUAUCGAUGAUUACGUGUCAGACUUGGAUCUCUCAUCUCAGCGCCAAUCUACAGUCGAUACAACAGCGAGUAACCGCUCACAGCCAAAGGACAAGCGUCGAAAGAUCGAGCAGGGUAAAGCUGCUGGGGAUGCUGUCAAGGCUUUCGAAAGACUCGGGAAGGCCUACCGGAAAAUAGCAAGCAGGCGUAGGGUGGCGCAUUUGCGGUAG